UGGCGGUGUCUCUAGCCUAUUUUGCUGUCUCUACCUGCACGUCAUGUCUACCUUCGAUUUAUGUUCGGGGACCCCCAAAUCAUGGAUAUUUCUGCUGCUCCUUGGGCUGUCACAGCUUGGCUUAUCAAGAGGACUUUAUUUCCAUAUUGGCGAGACGGAAAAACGGUGUUUCAUUGAGGAAAUCCCGGAUGAGACCAUGGUGAUAGGAAAUUACAAAACCCAGUUAUGGGACAAGCAAUCUGAAAAAUUUCUCCCCUCUACCCCUGGUCUUGGUAUGCACGUGGAGGUGAAAGACAGCGAUGGCAAGGUCAUUCUUUCCAGACAGUAUGGAUCCGAAGGGAGAUUUACCUUCACCUCACAUACGCCGGGUGAGCACCAAAUUUGCCUUCACUCCAACUCAUCACGAAUGUCUUUUUUCGCUGGAGGCAAACUGAGAGUUCAUUUGGACAUCCAGAUCGGGGAACACACCAAUAAUUACCCAGAGAUUGCAGCAAAGGACAAACUGACAGAGCUUCAGCUCAGGGUUAGACAGCUGCUGGAUCAAGUGGAGCAAAUUCAGAAGGAGCAGAACUACCAGAGGUACCGAGAGGAGCGGUUCCGAUUGACCAGCGAGAGCACCAACCAACGAGUCCUGUGGUGGUCCAUUGCCCAGACCCUAAUCCUUAUUCUUACCGGAAUUUGGCAAAUGAGACAUCUCAAGAGCUUUUUUGAAGCCAAGAAGCUGGUCUGAAGCCUCCUUUGUUGUACGUUUACUUGACAUGCUACGUCUCCAGACAUACGCACACUGCACACCAAUAAACUAACCCAUGCAGCAGGUCCCCGUAUACACAAACUAGUUCACACAAAAUCCAAUUACUAACAAUAAACCGGAGAUGUGUGCUUGUAACUGACUCCGCUCCGGUGAUGCCACUAUAUUUUAUAUUUAUGAAACACUUUUUCUGAUGGGGAGGUACAGCCAGAAUGGGGGAGUGGCUAACCAUCUGUAUUCAUACAGUAUCUUCUACGUUGCCCACUUCUACCAUUGUGGCAGUAAUAUUACCAUGCUAACAAAGCUGUUCUCCCCACUGCUUACCUCUAUGAGGUCUCCAGCAGAGUGGCAUCCAUAGAGCACAGCCUGUCAGUUACAAGCGCAUGCUGAAAUCCUCCCUACAUCAGCGGUCAUGCCAGAAGAAUUGAACCCCUGUUACCCAAUAAAGAAUUUUACUUGUUAAGUGCUUUGAUGGCUGAACAGUGCCUGUGUAUUAGGCUUGCUCUUCUUACUCUAACUGAGAAAACACUGUCAAUCAGAACCACUCGUUCUUACUUAUCCACUGCACGGUUGCACACACUAGUGUGGCAAAUGUUUUAACUGGUCUAUGCCAGCUUUAUAAGGAGAAUUAUGUACUAAAGGAGAAGGAAAGAUACCGAAGCAGUUUAUUGCUUAGAUUAGCCACAAUAGUGCAAGCUAUAAGACUAUUUUAAUUCCACAGAAUGCUUUGCCAUACCUGAGUAAAGUUCUCUUGAAGCUCUGUUUGUUUAGGAUAGCCACAGUCAUAUUAGCUUGGUGUGACAUCACUUCCUGCCUGAGUCUCUCCCUGCUCACUCAUAGCUCUGGGCUCAGAUUAUAGCAGGGAGGGGAGAGAGGAUUAAACUGAGCAUGCUCAAGCCCAAGACCUGGAGGUUUAUGCUGAAAACAGGAAGUCUGAUACAGAAGCCCAUGAGUACAUAACAGAAGGAAAGAAAUGCAGUGUUUCUUUUGACAGAGGACUCAGAGCAGCAUUACUUUGAGGGUUUAUUGGUGUAUUUAUAUAGACCUUUCUGAUAACGCUUACUUAAUUUUUGGGAUGCACCGAAUCCGCUAUUUUGGAUUCGGCCGAACCCCCGAAUCCUUUGUGAAGAAUUCGGCCGAAUACCGAACAAAAUCCUAAUUUACAUAUGCAAAUUAGUGGUGGGAAGAGGAAAAUAUUUUUUGCUUCCUUGUUUUGUGACAAAAAAUCAUGUGAUUUCCCUCUCUGCCCAUAAUUUGCAUAUGCAAAUUAGGAUUCGGUUCAGCCGGCAGAAGGAUUCGACUGAAUCCUGCUGAAAAAGGCCGAAUCCCAAACCAAAUCCUGGAUUCGGUGCAUUCCUACUUAAUUUUAGCCUUCUCCUUUAAAUACUUCUGCAGCUGCACCGGUUUUAGUCUAUUUUUAUUCUAAAUUGAAAAUUAAAACAAUAUAUUCAUUGUUUUUCUUUUAAAAAAUGGUUCCUUUUGUCAGAGAUUGGGAUCUUACAUGGCCAGGUGUAUCGGCAUCUAACAGUUAUGUUCUGGUAGCCAUUCCCAUACUGUGAUACAUGGGAAUAUCUCUGCCAGCCAUAGGCACUGGAUCAUGUAUAAAGUUCACAGAAGCAGUAAUAUAGGACCUGGAUAAUUUUGUAAUAAUGCAGAAAAAUAUUGUUUUUGGGAUAUGUAUUUAUAGCAGGUGUGGAGAAGGGGGGUUAUUGUAAUGUAGUUUUAGGCUCAUGGGGGGAGGGGCACUGACUUUCUGUACCCAGCAUUUAUGUUUGUAUACAAAGUACCUACCGGCCAGAUCUACAGUUGCAAAUACAAGUUUCCUUGCACAACUCUUAAUUGCUGUACAGAGACUAAAUGACUGGCAAAUCUAACUCACACAGCCCAGGUUUGUUGUUUAUAUUUUAUUAGUCAAAAAUGUUAAAUCUGAGUCACUAUUUUGGAUUGUAAUAAAAAGGAGUUGUGACAAUAA